AUGGAAUCAACCAACAGGAGUGUGGUAAAAGCAUUUGUUAUCCUGGGUUUCCCAGCUUCUCCGCAGCUCCGCAUGCUGUUCUUCACCUUCGCCUUGGCCACCUACAUUCUCACUGUCACUGCCAACAUUAUCAUCAUUUCAACCAUUAAGGCAAACCGCAAGCUGCAGUGCCCCAUGUACUACUUCCUUGGCAACUUCUCCUUCAUGGAGAUCUGGUAUACAACUUCCACUGUCCCCAAGAUGCUGGAAAGCUUCCUGGUUGAUGGGAGUCAAAUCACUGUGGCAGGUUGCAUUGCCCAGCUCUAUCUUUUCUUUGCAUUGGGCUCCACUGAGUGUUUCCUCCUGGCUACUAUGGCUUAUGACCGCUACUUGGCCAUCUGUCGUCCUCUUCAUUAUUCGACCCUUAUGACUCUGCAAGUAACUACCUGGCUGGUGACAGCAGCCUGGGUGGGUGGAUUUUUGGCUCCUUUGCUUCCCAUUGUCCUCAUCUCCCAGCUCUCAUUCUGCGGGCCUAAGGAGAUAAACCAUUUCUUUUGUGAUGCUGGGCCCCUGUUGAGACGGUCAUGUGGCAAUGCCUUUCUCAGCUCCACUCUUGUCUCAGUGCUGGCCUCCCUUGUCAUCCUUAGCACCUGCAUGCUCACCAUGGUAUCCUACAUCUUCAUCAUCUCAACCAUACUUCGGAUCCCAUCAGCCAGUGGGAGACAGAAAGCCUUUUCCACUUGUGGCUCACACCUGACUGUAGUGGUGAUUUAUUAUGCUACAGUUAUCUUCAUAUAUGUACGGCCCAUCUCCCCUUCCUCAUCCAAGCUAGAUACAGUGGCAUCAGUCUUUUAUGCAGUGGUCACCCCACUGCUCAAUCCAAUGAUUUAUAGCUUAAGGAAUAAGGAAGUGAAAGAAGCUUUGAAAAAGUUGGUGAGCAGGAGCCGGGUCUUUCUGAAAAAUAUUGGAGCUCCAAUCAUGGUUUGUUGGUAG